AUGCGUGCAAUUCUAUUCUUUGCCUUGAUUUGGAAUUUUUCCAAGGCGAAUCCCGCGCCUCAAACAAACGAUGGACUUGUUGAUCAAUCCGACGAGCCGCGAAGUAAAAUUGUUUUUGUGAGUGAUUUGCCGCCUGGCGAGACUGUCACUUUCAAUUUCGAACGAGGAGCGCAUGUCUACGUGGCAUCGGCGAGCGAUGAAGAAUCACAGAAUUAUGAAAAUAAUGUGCACAUCUUUAUUCCCGGGCAAGAAGAUUACAAUUCCAAACAAAUGGCUGACCAUGGCAAAAGAGUUGAUGACACUGGAGCUAAGCUUUCCCUAUUUGGUGCGAGUUAUCCAAGAAUCUCUGUGAGGAAUACAAACUCCCAGAAAUCGAAUUCCCGAACUCCCGGAAUUAUUUACUUCGUCACAGCUGAUGAUGAAACGCAUACAAGUAAAGUGUAUGAGAGUGGAGCCACCAAGGACUAUAAAAUCACAUCGGAUCACAUCAACAAUCAAUAUGUGACGAUGUUGAAUCCAACUGGAGCGAUGCAAUUGUCAAAUGUGAAAGAUAUCAAUGGGUUGACGCAAUUGGUGGUUUCAGCUGGAGGAGUUCAUGAGAGUGAGAGUAUGGAAAAUGUUAUCAACACAAUUAAGUGAGUUGGUAAUACCACAUUGCUAUGACGUGGCGGAAUGGAGAAAGAAAGAACUUUUUCCAUAUUGAAUUCAGAAAAGGAUUCUCUUGAAAUACAAAUUUGAAAUAUUCAGAUCUUUCAAGAAACCUUAACUGAAAUAUUUGAAACUUAAUUUGAAUAUUAAGUCAUUUAUGAACGCUUACAUUAGAUUUGCCACGUCAUAGCUCACUUUAAGGCUUGAAAUUCAUAAGAAUUUGACCAGAUUCAUCAAUUUUGUGUUCAAAUCGGAGCAAUUCUGAAUAUUUUCAGGAAACGUAAAAUUCAGAAAUGUUUAGGCGUCCUGGAACCCUCGCCAGAGAAGUCGAUCCAGAAAUUUUGAAAAUUAAACCUGGCCCGAUUCCUCAAGUCAAACAGAAAAGCUCCAAAGUAAAUCCACAAUUUCAGCGCAAACGAGGCUCAUUCAACAGCCAAAAUCUUCAUCCUGGAGCCAGUUAUCACAUUGCGCAAGCAAUUAGCCUUGGCACCAAGUGAUUUCGGAUUCACCGCAACUGCCGCCGAAUUACAUCAAGAUACCAUAAUUGUGCCACUCAACUGGACAGAUUGGUCAGUUGCAAUGUCGCCAGAUUAUAUGUUGAAAAGUCAAUCAAGAUCGAUCAAGUUUAAUUUCACAGGCGCUGAGGAGAAUACUCAAUACGAUUUGCAUGUGAGUCUCUAGAUUAAUUGUGUAGGAGACCGUGCUGAAUGAAUCACCCCAAGCUUUUCAGAUUCUCGGAGAACUCGCCUCCACUUCAACUCUCACACUUUCAUACGAUGGUUAUGAUGGAGCAUAUUCAGAGACAAUGUCGAAGAAGAAGUUCGAUCAUGAGUGGAAAAAUGUGAAGGGACAAUUUUUGACGGUUGAUUAUAAGAGAGCGGAUGAUGAUUCGACUGGCGGAUUUUUGAUCAGGGUUAAUUGUCGACGUGAGUUCUUGGGGGAAUGAAAAAUUGUUUGAAAAAAAAAUAAAAUAACAUUUGCAGAACCUGCCGCUAUCAAACUUCUCUACACCGUAUUCAUGUUUGUUAUUGGUUUUUAUGUUUUGUAA